AACACCAAAAAUUAUAAGAAAGAAAAGAGAAAACUAGAGAAGGAAAAACCAGUUGGAAACAGAAUCUAAAUGCUUUGCUGCUACGAUUUUGAAAUUAGAAGACAAAAUAAAAGAGAAUGCACUAUACUUCAACUUGUUUUUAUACCAUCAAAAUAGGUUGUGCAUCUGCCAAAAGAAAAUUACUUGGUACUAUAGGCAUUUUCACUUUAGAUACAGAUACUGGUGUUCGUAUUGUCAGUUUAGACUACUGGCGGCUUUUAAAAGGAAAUGAAGCUGUUUUUUCCUUAUUCUGGUGCAUAUUAUAGAUUGCAUUGGUAUUAUAGAUCCAGAAGGUAGUUCUAUUAAACCAAUCGGCUUCGUCGAAGCUGAUAUUACGUUGGCGGGACAAACUUUUAAACACUCGCUUGUUGUGUUCUAACUCGCAAAUUCAAUCAAAGAGUCGUGUUAGGAACCAAUUUCAUGUUCGAAAUAGGCUUAGUUUUAGAUGUACUAGAUGGAAAAGGCUGGUUGAGAGAUAAACCGUUAUCUAAUAAACUAACUUUACUUAUAUAUUAAUAGUUUUUUAUAUUAUUUUAUUCAAUAAUUCAUUAUCAAAUAUAAAUAAAUUCACAUCUGAUAUUAUUAAUAAUAUAACAUCCAUUGAACAAAAUUCUAAAGUUAUUAACGUCAAGAUAAUAACGUCAAGAAUGCACCUUUAUCUAUUAUCAUACAUCAAAUAGUAUCGAUUAUAUGUAAUAAUGUAAUUUUAAUCUGUAGUGUAAUGUUAGGUCAUGAAAUAUGGUUUGUACCAUAAUCAUGCAGCAGCGCAAAGCGUAGCUCCCUAAAUGCGACCAAAAUGUAAGCUAAUUAGUAUAAAAGCAUUUGGAACAAGUAAAUAACUAAACGAGAUAUACGAAUACACAAACGCACAAGAUAAGGAGUAUAAUGUUAUCCUGUGGUUAUUGUACUGGUUUUCUAACAAUAUCUAUGACACAGAUUGUCUUGUACAUCGAUUACCGAAAAUUAAAUGAUAUAACUAUCAAAGACGUCUUUCCUCUUCCUAAAAUCGACGAGAUUUUCGACCAAUUAGCAGAUGCUGUUUAUUAUACUAAGGAAUAAUACCGCCUGGAAAGUUCACAAAAUCAGCGAAAACGAACUCGUACUGAUUUUAUUUGAACAGAUAAUAAUGAUAUUACUAGUGAAAUACAUGAAUUAAUAAUAUCAAAAGAAGCUCAACGUUUAAAAUUUAAAAGCCGAUAGAUAUGGUCUAAAAAUUUAAAACAACGACGAAUUGCCUUUUGGAAUUAUUUUAAUAAUCAACAAAAAUAUCAGUUAUAUACACGAUGGGUGAAUUCAGAACCACCCAUUGUACCAAAUACAUUUAAAAUAUGUCUAAAUCCACAAGAAACAGAUAUCGAACAUUCUCUACGUAAAACACAUGCUAAUCGAACGUUUCAAUUCCACAUUGAUCUUCAUGAAGCAAAGGCAACUCGCUUCCGACAGCAGCAACAGCAAAUUGAUGCACAGCAUGAACAAUUUCUUUCAACAGUUGCAACAGGUGCUGUUUUUAUCCAACUUCUAAACUUAUGGAAUAAAGAUUGUCUUCGAAAUGAACAAACAUCACUUAAAAUAUGGGAAAAACAUGAACAUCAUUACCGGAAAUAUGAAGAAGCUAUUGAUAAUCGACAAGAUCCAUGGAUUAUAAUUAAAUCAGAUAAUCGUCCAAAAUUUCCA